AACCACAAGCAGCACACAAGCGGGGCCCAAGCGGGGGAGAGCUGAGAAGAGGGGGAGCUGUGAUACAAAGCGCUUGAAUUAUCAAGAAAUCAGUACUUUUGCUUAGGUGUAUCGUCAUAUGAAAUUAUCUCAUUUGAGCAUUUAUUGUCGCUAAAGCAAAAUUUACAGUGAAUGGGUAUGGAUGAUUCAGCAGCGAUCUAGUCAAAGACCAAAGUGUUGAUGCCUUUUUAUUGUCCAGAUUUUCUGUUGCUAUAUUUCAGUUUGUUAUAUUACUUAGGUCAAGAUGUAUAUCAAGAACUGCAUCUUAAUUCUUAUCAUAUGGACAACAUCAUCAUCGGGACGCAUCCAUGAGCUACAAUUGGAGCACGACUACCGCCGCUUCUUUCCGCUGAGCACCUUCGGCUUUCUAACUGGAGGCGAUCUCACCGUCAACAUCUCUUCGUUCCAAGUUGAUGAUUUAUCGGGAGUGUACGGGUUCACCCUGGACCGGACCAUGAGUGACGCCGUCAACCCCUACCUGGACGGCCACAUGAGCCACUGCACGCUGUCGUCGCCCAUCACCGGCCAGGACACGAGCGCCGCCAUCAUCUACUUUACCUUCGACCUCAAACAGAAACGUGUCCUGCUGAACUGCAGUCGCAGUGUGACCGACAUUGUCAUCGAGACAGACUCGUCGCGCGCCUCCGAUGACGAGGCCCGCAGCAAGCGCGACUCACUACUGGGCGCACUGGCCGGCUCGGCGCUCUACAAACAGCGCCACCGGCGCCUGGCCGCCGCCGCGCCCACCGCCGCCGCCGCCCCGGAGCCGGCGGCGGCGAUGCCGGGCCAGCAGCGGUGCGCCUCGUUUGCGCCCAUUCUGCUGCAGCAGCGCACCGACAACGCCACCGGCCAGCCCGUCUUCAGCACCGCCUUUGUGAUCCGCGUGCUGUCUCACGGCGGCGAGGGUCUGUACAACCUGUUCUUCCACAACUGCCAGAACUACGGCAGCCAGAAGGUGGAGGCCAGCAUGACGGUGGAGAUGAUCGAGCGCAACAUGGACAGCUACCUGUCGGCCGGAGAGAUGCCGCUGCCGGCGCUCUACUUCAUGAUGGCCGUCCUCUUCUUCAUAUCGUCCUGCUUCUGGAUCUUCAUACUCAGGAAGAGCAACCGGGCGGACGUGUACAAGACGCACUACGUGAUGGCCGUGCUGGGUCUGAUGAAGGCGCUGUCGCUGCUCUUCCACGGCAUCAACUACCAUGUCAUCGAGGUCAACGGGUUCCACAUCGAGGCGUGGGCCAUCCUGUUCUACAUCACCCACCUGAUGAAGGGGGCGCUGCUGUUUGUCACCAUCAUCAUGCUGGGCACCGGCUGGACGUUCAUCAAACACGUGCUGGCCGACCGCGACAAGAAGCUCUUCAUGAUCGUGAUUCCGCUGCAGCUGCUGGCGAACGUGGCGCAGAUCAUCCUGGAGGAGAGCGAGGAGGGCGAGUCGGUGCACACCACGUGGCGCGAGAUGCUCUACCUGCUCGACCUCAUCUGCUGCGGCGCCAUACUCUUCCCGGUGGUCUGGUCGAUCCGACACCUCCAGGACGCCUCCGAGACGGACGGCAAGGCCGCAAUGAACCUCAAGAAGCUCAAGCUGUUCCGGCACUUUUACAUCAUGAUCGUGUGCUACAUCUACUUCACGCGCAUAGUCGUCUACCUGCUGCAGAUAAUGGUGCCGUUCCAGUACGCCUGGCUGGACGACAUGUUCAGAGAGAUGGCCACCUACGUGUUCUUCGCCGUCACGGCCUACAAGUUCCGGCCGGCCGACAGCAACCCCUACUUCCAGGUGCCGCUGUCGGAUGACGAACUGGAGCUCGAUGACGUUCUGACCGAGUCCGGCGUGACGGAGGGACUGAGCCGGGUGCGGAACCGCGCCGACGCGUCCGACGCCGCCGCCGACUCGGAGGAGGCCACCACGCUGUCAAAACGGGAGAGCAGCCACGACUACGACUGAGCGCCUCCGGAGCCCCGUCCUCUGGAGACCGUGCGAGGGAGCCGGCCCGGACCUCCGGCUGGGGGAGGGAGGUCCCAGGCCUCCGACUGAGCGCCCGGACCUCCGGCUGGGGGAGGGAGGUCCCAGGCCUCCGACUGAGCCCCCGGACCUCCGGCUGGGGGAGGGAGACCGGGCCUCCGGAGAGCAGCCACGACUACGGCUGAGCGCGUCCGUAUACCCGGCUGUGUAACUGAUUGCCCGGACCUUCGGAGACUGUGACUGAAUGCCCGGACCCCCGGAAACUGUGACUGAAUGCCCGGACACCCGGAGACUGUGUUAGGGGGUGUCCAGACCUCCGGAGACUAUGUCCGGACCCUCGGAGACUGUGUCUGGACCCUGGGGGACUGGUGGAGCGCCGGAGCCUCCGGAGAUUGUGUAUCCGGCCGUCCAGAUACAGUGUGGCCGUACCCAGAUCAUUGGGGACUAUAAACGAACCGGUGCGACCGCCUUGGAGGCCCCGAGUGGGCAUCUCUAGCUAUCGGGCUGUCUGCGUAUGUCGAACGGGCAGAGUCGGCUGUCAGAGGCCGGUGCGGCUGUCUAGCUCUCUGGGUAUCACGGGCAGACUAGGCUGUCACUCUGGAGUCACCCCGCUCUCUGGGUUUGGCGGGCAGACUGGGCUGUCUGUAGUCACCCCGCUCUCUGGGUAUCCGGGCAGAGUGGGCUGUCUUGGCCACCCCGCUCUCUGGAUAUCCGGAGCAGAGUGGGCUGUCUUGGCCACCCCGCUCUCUCGAUAUCCGGAGCAGAGUGGGCUGUCUUGGCCACCCCGCUCUCUGGAUAUCCGGAGCAGAGUGGGCUGUCUUGGCCACCCCGCUCUCUGGAUAUCCGGAGCAGAGUGGCUGUCUUGGCCACCCCGCUCUCUGGAUAUCCGGAGCAGAGUGGGCUGUCUUGGCCACCCCGCUCUCUGGGUAUCCGGAGCAGAGUGGGCUGUCUUGGCCACCCCGCUCUCUGGGUAUCCGGAGCAGAGUGGGCUGUCUUGGCCACCCCGCUCUCUGGAUAUCCGGAGCAGAGUGGGCUGUCUUAGCCACCCCGCUCUCUGGAUAUCCGGAGCAGAGUGGGCUGUCAGAGGCCGGUGCGACUGUCUAGCCCUCUGGGUAUCACUGGCAGAUUCGGCUGUCUGUAGCCAUUCCGCUCUCUGGGUAUCCGGAGCAGAGUGGGCUGUCUUAGCCACCCCGCUCUCUGGGUAUCCGGAGCAGAGUGGGCUGUCUUAGCCACCCCGCUCUCUGGGUAUCCGGAGCAGAGUGGGCUGUCAGCGGCCGGUCCAGUCACCCCGCUCUCUGGGUUUGGCGGACAGUCACUCGCCGCUACCAUUGUCCCGGCGGGGCAGUCCGUAGCCGCCCCCAUUGCUUUAUCUGUUUAUGCCUGGCUCAGACGAUAGUCACAGUGUGUUCGGUAGGUGAGGUCUACGGUACCCUUGUCCCGGCUGGGCCACCCCGCCGGGCUCAGACGACAGUCGAAGUGUGUUCGGGAGGUGAAGGGACGGGUGGGACGCGAAUCAGUGGCGCGAUCUCGGCGGUUUGGGUGUAUCUAUGUGUGUGUAUCCUGACACGUGUGUGCUCAGGACGUGUUGGCGGGUCGGGGUGCGCCUGUCGCCGGCGGGAAGAAGGCAGGUACCAGCCAUGUACAGACGGUUGUGUAUGAUUAUAUUCCUGGUGAUCUGCGCCGCGUUCCACGUUAUUUAUGUACGCAUUCAGCGGUAUGUAUAGUCAAAUUUCCGAGUCGCUCUUCGAAGGGUAGGUGCCAGAGCUGUGGCGGCGGAUAGGCGCCGGUCUGCGAUGUAUCGAUAUGUGUGGGCUCAGCGUGCGGGCUCGGGUGGUAUAACUAAUGCGCUGCGGCGCUGCGAGUCAAAUAUACACCGGCCAGCCUGCCCA